AUGAAUUUUAACUUUUCAAAUACAUCUUCAUUUCCUUCUUCAAAUACACCGACCCUCAACUUUGGUUCAUCCACAACUGCAAAACCUUUCGGAUCAGCAGUUUCUACAUUAGGUACAAGCUCUAAUACUCCAUCAUUUGGGGCUUCAACAGGCUCGGUUUUUGGUAAUACAUCUGCAGCUCCUACAUUUGGCAGUACUUCAUCUAGUUUUGGCACAACUCCUGCAUUCGGUACUACUAAUGCUGCUCCAUUAUUCGGUUCAACAUCAACUGCUCCUGCAUUUGGAACUUCUAAUGCACCUACCUUGGGUACAACCGGAACAAGCUUUGGUUUUGGAGGUUUCGGUUCCACUGGACAAACAACAUCAAGUGGUUUAACUGGAUUCGGCUCAUUAGGAACUACAAAUCCUACUUCAGGAACAACAGGUUUCAGUACAUUUGGUUCUUCAACACCAAGCACUGGUUUAUUUCAAGGUUUUGGUUCGACAAAUACUGCACCAGGAACAGGUUUAACAGGAUUUGGAACUGGGUUAGGUACAAAGCCAGCUACUACAUUUUCAUGGGGUUCUUCCAACUUUAACCUGCAACCACAACAAAAUACAAUAGAUCCUAAUCAAGCAUUGUACAAUGCAGUAUUCAAUUGUCAAGUGUUUGGAGAUGAAAGGGAUAGAACUUUGAGCCGAUGGAAUUUAGUACAAGCUUUAUGGGGAACUGGAAAAGGGUAUUAUAGUCAACAAGCUCCACCGGUAGAAUUUAAUAUGAAAAAUCCAUUAUGUCGAUUUAAAGCAGUUUGUUAUAGUAAAAGACCCAGAACGGAAAACAAAGAUGGUUUGGUAGCUCUCAUAUUUAACAAAAAAGAAAGCGAAAUAAGAAGUUUAGAAGCUCAAUUGCUCACAAACCUAAAUAACAUAUUAGGAAACAAAUGUAAUUUAGUACCUUCUGUAGAAAGUAUAAAAGCAUUUUCCGAAACAAAAACACUAGUGAUCAUUUAUGUCGAAGAAAAAAUUGUUUCUUCACCAAACAGGAAAAUUCCAGCUCUCGAACUGUCUGCAUUUUUAACUCAACCUAUGCAAAAACAACAAUUAACAAAUCUUCAAGUAGAAAAUAUAUAUCCGCAAGUUGAUCCUGGUCAAGAGUCGUUAAAAGAAUAUUUGGAUAAUCCGCCGGCAGGUUUCGAUGCGAGACUCUGGAAACAAGCUCAAGAAGAUAAUCCGAUGCCUGACAAACUUAUUCCCGUGCCUUUGGUUGGUUUUGCUGACGUACGUUGGAGAAUGAAGUGUCAAGAACAGGAAACGGCUCUACAUCAAGCUUUCCUUGAUAAAAUAGCCGAAGAGGUUGCUGAUUUACAAAGGAAACACACAGAAACAUUAGCCAAAAUAUCCGAAUAUAGAUUAAAAUUUUCGGAACUUCAACAUAGAAUUUUAAAAAUAAUGAUAAUACAAGAAAUAUCUAGAAAAAUGGGUUUAUCACUUUUACCGGAAGAAGAAAAAUUAAAAACUCGUUUCGAAGCUGUGUCCGCGACGGUUAAUUCAGCUUCUUUUAAGAAUCGUUUAGCUACACUUACGGAAGAAGUUAAAUCUCAUUCUAAAAGUAAUAAGGAACCACAAAGGUAUAAAAUGGAUUCCGAUGUGAUAGCCGACAUUAAACAGUUUUUAACGAUGGAGCAAUCAGGUAUGACACACGUAAUAAAUAUAAUUCAGGCUGAUUUGUCAGAUAUAAAACAUAUAAAAGAUGGAAUGCUGAAAAUUCUUCAAGGGCAAAUUCACUAA